GGAUGACGUGGUGAAGUCGGUUAGCAUGGAGGCUAACUGCUGAACACCUUGGUUAUAAUAACAAUAACAGCCCCACAGAGGGGUAAAAACACAGCGGCGGGGGCAGAUAAGAAGCCGGAAGUGUCUGUGAGGGGAGGGAAAUGAGUUUCCGGUAGUUGGUGUUAGUUUUCCACAAGGUAAGCUAAGCUAAUUGUUUGGAUUAGAGAUUAGCAUUAGCGGUGCAGCUAGCCAUAUAAUGUUAUUAGCGCUCAGUGUUGUUAGCUUUUAGCUCUUAGCCAAAGAAUAUAAACGUUUCCUAAGUGUCCAUAGUGUCCUCUAACUGGCGAAGUGCAUUAUGGGGCAAUAACCCCCUCAGCAAUGCAUUGUGGGUAAAUGUAUGCCCUUUAAACUGUGGACCACUGUGACUGACAGGUGUGUGGGUGACAACCCCGGAAGCCCCGCCCCCUUUUCUGCCCCUCUGGCACUGGAGACUCCUUCCUCCGUCCAGCCCUUAAGGAUAAGAGCGGAUUCCACGAGAGACAUUUUCGGAUGUUUGUGUUUCAGCGAGUGAUGAGUGCAGCGUUGUAAAGUCUCGUGUAGUGUGUGUGUGUGUGUGUGUGUGUGUGAGAGAGAGAGACACGUCAGAGCAGCCAUGUUCGCUAAGCUGAAGAAGAAGAUCGCAGAGGAAGCGGCGACGCCGCGCCCCGGACGCCUGCCCCGCUCCUACAGCAAAGAGUCCAUCACAUCAGUGGGAGCCGACUCGGGGGACGACUUUGCAUCAGACGGCAGCAGCUCCAGAGACGACCUGUCCUCUCAGAUCCUGCGUCGGAACGAUCAGAUCCGAAAGCUGGAGGCCAAACUGUCGGCGUCUAUGCGGAAGAUGCAGGAGCAGAACGAAAGCUUCCAGGCCAACAGAGCCAAGAUGGCAGAAGGCAUGGCAUUAGCGCUGGACAAGAAGGAUCAGGAGUGGAUGGAGAAGAUUGCCGCUUUAGAGAAGGAGAAGUCCUCGUUAACGGCGCGUCUGGAGCAGAGUCUGAGUCUGUUCCAGAAGAGGGACGAGCAGGACGAGCUCGAGGGAUUCCAAAUGCAGGAGCUGGCCAAAGUCAAGCACAUGCUGCUGCGUAAGGAGGAGCAGCUGAGUCAGAAAGAGCGAGAGCUGAAGCUGAGGGGAGAGGAGCUGAACGCGGCGCGUCUCUCGCUCGUCCAGACUCAGGAUAAACUCUAUGAGCUCGGGGAGGAGCACGAGGAAACCCGCGGCGCUAACGCACAGCUCCAAGCUCUCAGAGACAAGCUCCUGAGUGAGAAGGUGGAGUCUGAGAAGAGGAUCUCCGAUCUGGAGGCCAGAGAAGAGGAACUGCAGCAGCUCAUCCGACAAGUGUCUGAGGAUUUCCAGAAGGCUCAGAGUGAGACGAGAUCUUUACAGAGAAACAUGGAGUCUCUACGGUCUGAACACGAAGAGCUGAGACUGCAGCACGAGCAGCACAAGGGCAAGGCUGCCGUGACGGAGGAGGAGCGAGAACGGCUGGUGGCCGACCUGCAGGAGAAAGCGUCGUCUCUGGGGCGCAGGCUGGAGGCCAACCUGUCUCAGGAUGAACAUCUACAGGAGCUGCUCAAGGAGAAGUCGUUACUGGAGCAGAGGUUAGGGGAGGCCAGAGGAGAGCUCCUGGAGGAACGGACCAAUCACACGACAGCAGUGAGCUCACUGGAGCUACAGAUUUCCAGGCUGAACGCGAACGUCUCCGAGCUUCAGACACUCCUGAGACACAAAGACGACUCGUCCAGGUCGUACAGGGAGAGGACAGACGCGCAGAUAGCUGAUCUGGAACAAAGGCUGAGCGACGGCACUGAGAGGCUGAGGAAUUUGGAGCAGCAGCUGGAGGAAAAAGAGUCGCAAAGAGAGAAACUGCAGGCGGAAUGGACGGAGGAAAGGGAGCGGUUACAGCAGCAGGUCUCCACGCAGAGGCAGAGAGGACUGGAGAAAACCGCCAAGCUGGAGGAGGAGAUACUGGCACUGCGGAGAGAGAGGGAGGAGGAGAUCAGAGCGCAUCAGGACAGCAUGAGGUUACUAGAGGAGCAGAAGGCCACCCUGCUGAAGGACAAAUCUGAGAUGGAGAACAGGGUGGAGAAACUCAGCUCAGAACUCGAGAACUCCAAAGCGGAGUUGAGCAGCAGACAGACAGUGAGCGUGGAGAUCGCUAAAGCUCUGGAAGAAACACGGAAGCAGAGGGAGGAGCUCCAACAGCAGGUCAGCAGGAUGUCGGAGUGUGUGCAGAGGGCGGAGCAGGAAGUGAGUCGGCUCUCUGAGCAGGUGGGCGUAAAGGAGGCGGAGCUAAUCAGUCUGAGGACAGAUCUGCAGGAAGCCUGCUCCUCUCUGUCCUCACUGCAGACGGAGUGUGAGACGCUGCGUACGGACGCAGAGGAAAAGGACGCGCAGAUCGAAUCCCUGCAGCAGGACAUCCUCACACACACUCAGCACGCUGACACACACCAGUCCAAGGAGUGUGAGGUGCAGGGUGAGGUAGAAAGCGUGACGGCGCAGCUGCAGGAUGUGGAGGUGUGUGUGAGCGAGCAGAACGGGAGCGUCACCGUGGGCGACGUGGACGAGCUCCAGUUAGCAAACAAAGAGUUAGAGCAGCAACUCAGUGAGAAGAACAAGACGAUAAAGCAGCUGCAGCAGAGACUAACAGAGCUGAAGAGGACGCUACAGAAAGAGCUGAAACUGAAGCCAGACGCUGAUUCUGAGAGUAAGGAGAAGCUCCAGGAAGGGAAACUCAGCUCCGAGGGCCCGGCCCCGCCCACCGCGCCCGCUCCGGCCCCCGGCUACAGUCAGGGUUUGGGGCCCGCGCCGCACUCGUCCCAGACGAAGGUGACUAACAGCUCGGACCUGACGGACACACGGGAGAUCAACUUUGAGUAUCUGAAACACGUCGUUCUCAAAUUCAUGUCCUGCAGAGAGGCGGAGGCGUACCAGCUGAUCCGAGUCGUCUCGCUGCUGCUGCAUUUCACCCGAGAAGAAGAAGACAUGCUCAAGGAGACACUCGAGUACAAGAUGUCGUGGUUCGGCUCCAAGCCCACACCGAAAGGCAUCAUCCGGCCCUCCAUCUCAGGAACCCCAAGCAGCUGGAUGUGAGAGAGAAAGAGAGAGGGAGCGGAAUGACGCGGACUCGCCAGGAAAAAUAAUGAUCUUAAAAUAAAGAAUGAUGUUCCAGCGGCUGAUGGAGUCGAUGAAGCUCCAAGUGUCUCCUCUGGGUCGUUCCUCCUCCUCUGGGGUUCUUUGAGGCUUUGAAUCAACAACCAGCUCCAUGUUUUUGUUUUUGUUUUGUUUCCUUUCAGUCUUUGGAGUCUCUCCUCUAAAGUGGUGCGGUAACAUGGCUACGUCUAACUAACUACCUGAGGACUUUUUUUUUUUUUUUUAUUUCCCUCAAAAGCGAAACAUUUGCACGCUGUACAAACAGACUCACUUUAUAAUAAGAUUUUUUUUUCUUCUUUCUUCUGAUCCUUUCGCUCCAUGGAAGCUUUGAGGGGAAAAAACAACGGAUUGUUGAAGGAGCAGCAUCUUCCCUUUACCUGCUGUGUGUGUGUGUGUGUGUGUAAAUAAUGACCAAGCACAUUCCGUAUGUCUAUUUAUAUAACAAACUGUACAUAGAGAAUGUUUAUAAAUCAUCAGGUGUACAAAUCUUUUUGGCAUUAAUGUGCAUGGCGGACCUGAGAGCGGGGCGGAGCUAUACAGGGCGGAGCGAUACUGGGCGGAGCCUGGGACUGCAGCGGUGAAGCAUUAAUGCAUGAUCAGACUUAUGAUGAUUAACUCCACAGGGAAACUGGAUAUUUACCUGCACAAAGUGCAGCAUCAGGACCGUCACGGAGAAGCAGAAGGCCGAUGAUGAUGAUGAUGAUGAUGAUGAUGAUUAGGUGUGAACUCGGUGCUAUGUAAUCUAGCAAUCUAGCUGGGAAUAAACUCUAGGGACGCACCGGUUCAGGUUUCUCCUCCUGCCGUACGUUUGUUCUGGGAUUUUUCAUCUGCAUCACCUUUAGAUUUUUUUUUUUGCGCACUGAAACACUUGACAAAUUGAUUCUUUGAAAUUCUAAAAUUCUCUAUACAAUUUUUUUUCCUGACAAAAAUGAAAAACACUAUUUAUUUCCCUUUUUUUCCUUAAGUUUAAUUUUUCUAAAACUUAUUGCUAUAAUCAAAAUGAUAAUCAAACAGAUAUUGUUAUGUUGAAAUAAUUAAGAUCAACAUUUUGGGACAGGUCUGGUUCUAACACUUACAAAAUAAUAACUAAUACACGGAUUAAUACUUUGAUGAGGAUAUAAUAAUAAUUAUGUAAUGUACAGGACCCUUAACAUAUUCAACAUAUUUAAGAAGAAAAUUAUUUAUUUAUCUUUUUUCUUUACCAAAAACAGAUAAAUAAAUAAGAAAUUAAAAUUUCUAAAAAUGUACAAUUAUAAAUGUUUGAAUAAAUUUGUGGUAUUAAAAAAAUUUAAACCUUGGAAAUUCUCUGGUUUUGACACUUAAAAAGAAAUAAAUAUUUAGCAAUAUCUUAAGGAAUAAUAAUAAUAGUAACAAUGUUCAUGCUCCUAAACAUCAUUUAAGAAACAUUUUUUUCUCCCCAAAAAAGCAGCUCAAAUUUUAUCAUAAAAUCAGAAACAUUUAUUCGGUAGAAACUUCACAUUUCUACUGUUUAAUCGCAAAUUACAAUUUAUAUUUGGUGUAAAUUUUAAUCUAGAUAUCUUAUAAAAUUCUGAAACUUUUAACAGAUGUUUUGAAUAGAUUUGUGGUAUUUAAAUGCUCAUUAUUAUUAUUAUUAUUAUUAUUAUUAUUAUUAAACAUGCCACUGAACAAAUUUAAGAAAUUCUUGCUUCCUUUCCAAAAACAAUUCCAUAAAAGUUUAAAUUUAAAAAAGUUAUAUAACUGUAAUGCAGAUCAAAUACUAUCUUAAACAUAUAAUACUGUCAAGGUAAAACCUUUUUAAUUGCAAUUUUUGUAUAUUACGACUAGAGCAGCGCAAUUAAUCACAUAAAAUCUGGUUUAUUUCGCAGUACAGACCUGCGUAAUUAUUUAAUAAAUGUAUUACAGCCUUCAAUUUAUUACAGGUAGAAAACACAUAGUUGGGAAUUUAUGGAAAGCUUGUCAACAAUUUAGACAUUUGUUUGUUUAUAUAUAUAUAUAUAUAUAUAUAUAUAUGUUUUGUAGUUUUUUUUUUGACAUCACUAAUGACAUACUAUUUAAAGUUUUCCACUUGAAAAAGUUGUGACUAUUUAAGUGAUCUGGGAGGCGGGGCUAAACCUCUGAGUUCUGAAGGGGCGGAACCUAAAAAAACCAUUUUGAUUAUGUCAGAAUUUAAGAAGGAUCUGAAACUAAAUUAAAAUUAUUUUCUGUUGCACUUUCUUCCUGUAUAGUAAAAAAAAAGGCUUUUUGUUUGUUUGUUUUAUUUCUCUUUUGUUUCAGUCCUCGUUCCAAGACGUCCUUGUGAAUGUGGAUGUGUUCAGUGUUCAGUUUAACAGACGAAUCUAAAGUAUAAUCCUGUAUAUCAGACACUCUGUGGUGUUUUACACUAAUGAUUCUCAGAGUGAGAUCGGUGCGUCUCUAGAGAAAUCUCUGACUUUCAGAGCCGGUGUGAUGAUUAUUUAGGAUUUAAUUAAGUGACUAAUUUUUGCUCAUUAUCCCAUUUACAUUCGGUUUGGUUUCGCUAACCUUCUUCUUCCAUUUAUUUCAUUUGGAAAGUGCUUUUUUCCCCACUCCUGUGUGUGUGUUUUAUCUGAUCAGGUGUGAGCCAUCCUCCUGUUUAAGUCUGUUACGCACGUUUCUUUCCUUCCUUUGGUCCUGGUGUGUCCUGCUGUAACGAUCCAGAGCGCCAGGUCGCUAUCCGUAAUCGAGUACCACUACACGUCUGAUUUACAGUGGUCUGUCAAGAAACUUGAAUAAAUUAUCUUUUUGAUUUUCA